GCUGCUCCCUGUCGCUAGGUGUGGUUAAACACACGGGUAUAAAUAUGAUGCUAGUGCCGCUACUCCUCCCCUGAAAGUCCAACCAACACUAUUUCCUCCUUACCCACACACUCGUGUCCACCUCCACCAUGUCUUUCAUCAAUGCUUUCCUGCAGCAGGCUGUUUAUCUGGGCCUGCCCGAUGACUCAACUCUUAAGAACGAGGGGACAGUUACCGCAGCGCUCAAUUUCAGCCCCGAUGGAGACGCCGGAGUCUUGGAAAAGGCCAUCAAGACAAAGGGUGUGGAUGAGAACACCAUCAUCGAUGUCCUGGUUAAGAGGAGCAACGAGCAGAGGCAGAAGAUCAAGGAGGCCUACCAGCGCUCCAGCGGCAAGCCCCUGGAGACUGCGCUGAAGUCUGCGUUGAAGGGGGAGCUGGAGGAAGUGGUGCUGGCUCUGCUGAAGACACCAGCACAGUAUGACGCCCAUCUGCUCAAACAAUCCAUGAAGGGUCUGGGCACCGACGAGGACACUCUGAUCGAGGUCAUGGCCUCAAGAACCAACCGCGAGAUGGAGGCCAUCAAAGUAGCAUACAUGGAAGCAAACAAGAAGGAACUGGAAGCUGAAAUCAAGUCGGACACGAGCGGAGACUUCCGGAAUGCCCUCCUCACACUGUGCAAAGCCGGGAGGACUGAGGGAGUGAAUGACGAGCUGGCCGACAGCGACGCCAGAGCUCUGUACGCUGCGGGCGAGCAGAGGAAGGGCACGGACGCCUCGGUCUUCAUCGACAUCCUGACCUCCAGGAGCGGCGCUCAUCUCCGCAAAGUGUUUGACAGAUACUCCAAGUACAGCAAGGUGGACGUGUCCAAAGCUAUUGAUAUGGAGAUGAAGGGAGAUAUUGAGAGUUGUCUUACAGCAGUAGUCAAAUGUGCUGGGAGCAGGCCCGCAUUCUUUGCUGAAAGGCUCAACCUGGCCAUGAAGGGUAAGGGAACCCGGACCAAAAUCCUGACCCGCAUCAUGGUGAGCCGCUCUGAGAUUGACAUGAAACGGAUAAAAGACGCCUACAGGAAAGACUACGGAAAAACCCUCUAUCAGGAGAUUCUGGAUGACACAAAGGGAGACUAUGAGAAGAUCCUGCUGGCUCUGUGUGGCAGUGAGAAUUAAUCGACCACAAACCUCCCAACUCAAACCCUGACUCAACAUGAACAUCUAUAUGAAACCUAACCUUGUCACAGACCUUCUUCUGCCCAUCACUCAUGUGGAUAACUCUUGCCCAACUUUAAACUACUUGCAAGCAGCCAUAGCAAGGAAUAACAAUGAACACGCCAAAGCUUUAACAUAUACUAUUACUGCAUUGCAAUGUAUGUAUCUAAUUUAUCUCCUUCAUUUUGUUGACACCAGCAGGCAACAGUUUGCUCUGAUGUAGGCCUUGGAAUACAUUGGGUGGUAAACAUGUGCUAUUUGGUAAUGCAUACAGUAUAUACAUAUACGUAUCGAGUGCUGGUGUUUGAGCUUCGGCUAAAAUGAGAGCUUCUGCAAUCUGUCUGAUAGCUUGACACUAGAAUCCAAGUUAAUCAUGGACCAAAUGUAUUUUGCGAUGUGGCCCUUUUAAGGUAUUUGUUAUUCUACUCCACCUAAAUAAAGUGUUUAUGAAGGCCUGAAUCACCUCUAUUUUUGCUAACGCUGG